AGGGGUUUCUUUGGGUCCGAGGGACUUCCCCCUUUCCCAGUUUUCCUUCUUCUUAAUUCUAUUUUUACGGGAUUCGAGAUGCUGAGAUUUAGGACAAAUAAGAUUUUCUUUUGGAAGUAGGAGUCCCCAGUAGGGAAUAAACUCCGGGGUGGAAAGCCAGCCUGUCUGGGGACACUUAAGGGUAAAUGGGUACACGUGGCGUGUCUGGAUUGUCAGUUCCUUGCUGUCACAUUUCAAGUUAAUCCGCUCCUGGCGCCUCCGCGGUCACGGCCACCCACUUAGGCGGGGAAAACCCCUCCACAUCCUUUCCUGGUCUAAUCUGUUUUGAGCUUUAGAUCCUGUCCAUCCCGCUUUCUCGAAAAUUUUGUAUUUUAACAAACUUAAUUUGUCCCAAUUUUUCUCUUUUUUUUUUUUUUUUCCUGAGACAGCCUUGCUCUGGCCAGGCUGGUCUCGAAUUCCUGACCUCAAGUGUUCCAACCGCCUCACCUCAAAGCGCUGGGAUUAUAGGCGUGAGUCACCACGCCCAGCCCCAGUUUCUUUUUUUAAAUUUCUUUUUCUUGAGAAAGGUUCUUUCUCUGUCACCCAGGCUGGAAUGCCAUGGCGCCAUCACGGGCAGCCUCGACCUCCUGUCUCAAGCGAUCCUCCUGGCACAGCCUCCCAAGAAGCUGGGACUACAGGCCCGUGCCACCACACCCGGCUAACUUUUUUAAAACAUUGUUUUUGUAUAGACGGGGUCUAGACUUACUGUCCAGGUUGGUCUCAAACUCCUGGGCUCAAGCCAUCCUCCCACCCUGGCCUCGCAAAGUGCUGGGGUUAUAGGAGUGUGCCACCAUGCCCAGUGUAUUUCCUUGAAAUACACCAUAUCUUGGCCACCUAGAUUUAGAGCCCAUCGUAGACUGUGGCUCUUCUUUACCCAUGGAUUGCUCAGGGGAUGGUCCUGUCUUGUGGCGUGUCCCACCCUUUCCUUCCCUACCUCGCUCUCCUAUCUGGUUACUUCUCUUUCAUUUGGUGAGGAGUUUUCCCUGCUGCUGGUCUUAACCUCCCACUUUAUCAGUGGAGUAAAUUACAGUACUCUUGGGCAGAUCCUGAUGAGUCACUCAACUCUGGCUUAAUUAGUAAUUCCCCAUUGCUUAACAAAUUAAGUACACAUGCUCUGGCGGGGUGUGGUGGGUUGCUGAUGCCUGUAAUCCCAGCACUUUGAGAGGCAGAGGCCGGAGGAUUGCGUGAGUCCAGGAGUUCAUGAGCAGCCUGGGAAGCAUGAUGAAACUAUGUUUCUACUACAGAUAGAAAAAUUAAGCAUGUGGUGUGCACCUCUAGUCCCAGCUACACAGGAGACUGAGGUGGGAGACUUACCUGGGCCUGGGAUGUUGAGGUUCCAGUGAGCUAUGAUCGCACCCCUACACUCCAGCCUGGGUGACAGAGCGAGACCCUGUCUCUGAAUAAGAAAAUAAAAAGUACCCAAGCCCUGUGCCCGACCAGCUCCUCAGCUUUGUCUUCUGCCCUGACUUCAGCCGGCUAGUCCUACUCUCCAUACCCCAAAAGGCUCUGGUGCUUUUUGGACUGACCUUUCUUGGGUCCUGUUCUUUUCCCUGCUGUCUGGGAAGUGGCCCCUUCAGAUUGCCUGUUUGAAGGGUCAGAUGAAGAGAGAUGCUCAACUCUGCCUUAACGCCUUUAUUCUAGUUCCAUUUACUCAGCCGUUGCUAGAGCGCUUAUCUGCUGUUGUAGACACAGGGCAGGGCUGACUGGAAGCGGUGCUUUUCUAGUUGGGGCUGCAAGGAAAUGUCGUCCUUUCGGAGCAAAGGAGGCCCAAAAGAAGUCGGGGAUUUGUGACCCUUCCAGACAGCAGGAACAGCAAGGGCACAGGUGCUGAGCAGCAUGGCAGAACAGGAUGUGGAAAACGAGCUUUUGGAUUACGACGAAGAGGAAGAGCCCCAGGCUCCUCAAGAGAGCACACCAGCUCCCCCUAAAAAAGACAUCAAGGGAUCCUAUGUUUCCAUCCACAGCUCUGGCUUCCGGGACUUUCUGCUGAAGCCAGAGCUCCUGCGGGCCAUCGUGGACUGUGGCUUUGAGCAUCCAUCUGAGGUCCAGCACGAGUGCAUUCCCCAGGCCAUCCUGGGCAUGGACGUCCUGUGCCAGGCCAAGUCUGGGAUGGGCAAGACGGCAGUCUUCGUGCUAGCCACUCUGCAACAGAUCGAGCCCGUCAACGGACAGGUGAUGGUCCUGGUCAUGUGCCACACAAGGGAGCUGGCCUUUCAGAUCAGCAAGGAAUAUGAGCGCUUCUCCAAGUACAUGCCCAGCGUCAAGGUGUCUGUGUUCUUUGGGGGCCUCUCCAUCAAGAAGGAUGAAGAAGUGUUGAAGAAGAGCUGUCCCCAUGUUGUGGUGGGGACCCCGGGCCGCAUCCUGGCGCUUGUGCGGAACAGAAGCUUCAGUCUGAAGAAUGUGAAGCACUUUGUGCUGGACGAGUGCGACAAAAUGCUGGAGCAGCUGGACAUGCGGCGGGACGUGCAGGAGAUCUUCCGCCUGACGCCACAUGAGAAGCAGUGCAUGAUGUUCAGCGCCACCCUGAGCAAGGACAUCCGGCCUGUGUGCAGGAAGUUCAUGCAGGAUCCCAUGGAGGUGUUUGUGGAUGAUGAGACCAAGCUCACGCUGCACGGACUGCAGCAGUACUACGUCAAACUCAAAGACAGCGAGAAGAACCGGAAGCUCUUCGACCUCCUGGACGUGCUGGAGUUUAACCAGGUGAUCAUCUUCGUGAAGUCAGUGCAGCGCUGCAUGGCCCUGGCCCAGCUCCUUGUGGAGCAGAACUUCCCGGCCAUCGCCAUCCACCGGGGCAUGGCCCAGGAGGAGCGCCUGUCACGAUAUCAGCAGUUCAAGGAUUUCCAGCGGCGGAUCCUGGUGGCCACCAAUCUGUUUGGCCGAGGGAUGGACAUUGAGCGAGUCAACAUUGUCUUUAACUAUGACAUGCCCGAGGACUCGGACACCUACCUGCACCGGGUGGCCCGGGCGGGUCGCUUUGGCACCAAAGGCCUAGCCAUCACUUUUGUGUCUGACGAGAAUGAUGCUAAAAUCCUCAAUGACGUCCAGGACCGGUUUGAAGUUAAUGUGGCAGAGCUUCCAGAGGAAAUUGACAUCUCCACAUACAUUGAGCAGAGCCGGUAACCACCACGUGCCCUGCCAGUCCAGAGCCGCCAACCUGGAGCCUCCCACAUGCAGCUCCACCUCCUCUUUCCAGACGCCCCUGUUCAAAAGCUAUAGAUUGUGUAAGAAUAAACUUGUAUUAUGGAA